AUGGCCCAACUAGGCGGACUCGUAGACCAAGCUUCAUUCACCGGGCCGCACUCGGUUCCUGCGACUGGUGACUCUGGCAAUCCGCGCUCUCGCUUGCAAGUACGACAAGACACUCCAGUGCAGCGAGAACUGCACCAGCAGGCGCAACAAGAUGAGGCACUUUCUGAAGAGAAGCCCGCCGCAGAGCAGCUGGAGGCGUCAAGCCUUGCGAGGCACUUCGUGAAGAGAGAGCUGGCGGUUCAGGGAGCGAAGCCCCAGGAGGCGCUGACGGAGGAGCAGCCUGCAGAGCAGCUGGAG